AUGAACAUCCACACUAGAGAGAAACUGUACACAUGUGGUCAAUGUGGCAAAACAUUUUUGUGGGCUUCAGACCUGAAGAAACACAUGAAUAUUCAUACAGAGGAGAAGCCACAUUCAUGUUAUUUGUGUGGAAAGAGUUUCUCACGCAAAACAAGGCUUGAUGUUCACAGGAGAAUUCACACUGGAGAGAAACCGUUCACUUGCGUUCAGUGCGGGAAGAGUUUUGCACAAUUAGCCCACCUCAAAGAUCACAUGAACAUCCACACUAGAGAGAAACUGUACACAUGUGGUCAAUGUGGCAAAACAUUUUUGUGGGCUUCAGACCUGAAGAAACACAUGAAUAUUCAUACAGAGGAGAAGCCACAUUCAUGUUAUUUGUGUGGAAAGAGUUUUUCACGUUUACAAAGUUUAAAAGAACAUCAGAAAAUACAUGCUGCUGUGAGAGAGUACAUGUGCUUUGAGUGUGAAAAGACUUUUAUUUCAGCUGCACAUUUGAAACGGCACGAGAGGAUUCACACUGGAGAGAAACCUUAUAAGUGUUCACACUGUGACAAGAUAUUCACUCAGUCAGGAAUCCUGAAAAGACAUGAGAGGAUCCACACUGGAGAGAAACCGUAUCACUGCACUGCAUGUGGGAAGUGUUUCUAUCAAUCUUCUUCUCUACACAGACAUACAAAAAACAAUCACAGUCUGAUGCCGCGUCCUCACCAAAUGUGACACAAUAAUGCGUCAAGCAGUAAAAUAUCAUCUGGAUAAAUCUGUCCUAACCAGACAUUACAAGCGACAUGACAAAGAAACAUUAUCUAAAGUUUUCACAGUGAAUAAAGUUAAUCUUCAAA